AUGGAUGGUGACAUCGUCACUCUCAGCAGAGCUGAUCUGGCUAAUGUGGAGGAAAUAGUGAAGACAUUAAAACCAGUGAAGGAUGCCACUGUGUUUAUGUCAGAGGAGAGCAGUCCUACAGUCAGCCUAAUUGCACCAGUAUAUGCCCAACUCCUCCAGAGCAUGUCCGACACUAUUGGAGACCAACCACUGAUCCUUGAUGUGAAGAAUGCCAUUAAAACAGAUCUCCUUAAGAGGUACAAUAGUGAGGCAGAGAAAAAGAUCCUUCAUACAUCCUCUGCCCUGGAUCCUCGCUUUAAGGGGUUACCUUUCCUGACAGAGGAGGAGAGAUUGGAUGUCUCCGCAGGAGUGACUUCAGAGGCUGCAUCCCUGGAGGAGAGAAAACAGAGAACAGAAGCAGAUGAAGCGCCUGGCAGAACAGGAAGUUCAGGAACCAAGGAAGAGUUGCUGUCCGUGGAUGACAAUGUGUCAGACUCAGCAGGCCCCUCCGCUCCCAAAAGAAGGGCCUCAUCACUGCUUUUAAGUUUGCUGGGACCUGCUUUCAUCAAUGACACCAGUGAACCUGCAGUACAAAGUAAGACCGCCGAUGCCAGUGCUGAGGAGGAAAUGGCCUUGUACUGUAGAUCCCCAGCUGUGCCUCUCUCUGAGGAUCCCUUGGACUGGUGGCAUCGCCAUAAGGGCACAUUUCCUCUCCUCUCUAGGUUAGCAAAGAGAUACUUGUGCAUCCCCGGGACAAGUGUGCCAGCAGAGAGAGUCUUCUCCACUGCAGGAGAUGUUAUCACUGCAAAAAGAAGCGCUCUCAAACCGGACCAUGUCGAUCAGCUUGUGUUUUUGCACAAGAACCUUGAAAUUCCCAAAUGCUAAACAGUGAGAAGUUAUGAUGUAGGCUUAGGUUAAACUCUACAUUUCCUCACUCUGAAACGGAUUGUUGAUGAUGGUGAUGUAGAACUCAGACGGAAGAAGUUGUUUGCACCAAUUUGGUAAUAGGCUAAGCCUACACACUUUAUUUUUGGUUUACAUUACUGUAUUUCACAUCUUAAUAUUUUAUUGUAUGCAGCUAAUGUGAUGGUAGGAUCAGGACAGGCAUAUAAUUGUCAUUGUCUUAAAGCUGCUAAGCUGCUGUUUUGUUGAGAAUAGUUUGCACUUUACUACUUGAAAAAAGUUUCACAGUAAUAAGUGGUUACUGUGUGUUGUUGCACAGAAUAUUUUUAUUCCUGGGUGGUUGUUGUUAAAAUAGUGUUACUUAUUAUUUUAAUAUUUGCACAGGACUUCAGGAAGUGCCCUGUCUUAAGAGCUGCUAUUUCACUGUGUGUAAAAAAAACAAAAAACACUGAAAGCAGUGAUUUUGAUUGUUUUCUUUUUCAGGUUUGAAAAUGCCAUAUCCAAUACCCUGUACCAUUUAAUUUUAUUUAAUUACAUUUUAUUUAAUAACUUUUAUGUCAAAGAUACAGGAGACACAUA